CGACAAACCCCUUUCUGACUCUCUUCGACAAACCUCUUCCCCUGCAAAGACUAGCGACCAGCGUAGACCGGCGACCUGCCACUGCGACGGCGACGGAGAAGGCGAAGGCGACGCUGAGAGACAGACGAAAACUUCUAGCUGAUUGCUAAGUGCUACCACUGAUAUUGUGAAUUAUUGGGAAAGAUGAGACUGCUAACACACAAUAUGCUAUCGUCGAACAUAAAGGGCGUGGUGAAUGGAUUUCCACUGCGCAUUGAAGCAGAGAAAGUGGUAGAAAAGACAGUCGAAAUGAAUGGCGAGUUUCUGAAAAAGAUGUUCGAGAAGAUUGAUUGGAAGGCUUUUGUGGAUGCAUCAAGGUCCAUGGGAUACACUGAACUACCUGAAGAGGCUGACUCUUCCAUGCUGGAUUCAGAUGAAUUUCUGAAUAGGUUUCAUCAUGCCCUCUUGGAACUCCACCUUGAAGAAGGUGCCCUUGUUUGCCCUGAGACUGGACGACGCUUCCCCAUCAGUAAGGGCAUUCCGAAUAUGCUUCUUCACGAGGAUGAGGUCUGAAUUUCACUAUUAGUCAAUUAUAUCACCCUCACCUGUUUAAUGGCACCCUCGUGUUUACUAUGUCCUUUGUCGCUCUGGUAAAAAAUGCUGGUAAUGGAAAGAAUUCAACUGCAAUUAGGAUGGAUAGUUUUGAUCAUCGAGAUUACCUUAUUUUGUCGACAGAUGUUGUUGCCUCUCACUGAGCUAUUGUUGUUUAAUUUGACUAUUUCCAACUGAAUAUGAUAUUAAACUGCUGCAACAGCAUCUAAGGCUUCUUGUUUUAGAUGAGUUUCUAUUACUUCCUUUUGAAUUGA